CAACGCAGCUUACUGAGGGCGUUCACUUCCUGUUAGCUUGGGGAAGAUAGCGGACGAGCGGUCGAAGAAAUUACUGAUGUAUUUAUGAACAAAUCCUCUCAAAAUUCUUCGGGAACGUGCUAUUCUGGAGCCUGCCAGGUCCAUAUUUAGGAAACAAUGAUCCGCUUCAUCCUCAUCCAGAACCGAGCAGGGAAGACGCGACUGGCCAAAUGGUACAUGCAGUUCGAUGAUGAUGAGAAGCAGAAGUUGAUCGAAGAAGUGCAUGCUGUGGUAACCGUCAGAGAUGCAAAACACACAAAUUUUGUGGAGUUCAGGAACUUCAAGAUUAUUUACCGGCGUUAUGCUGGUCUAUACUUCUGUAUUUGUGUGGAUGUGACUGAUAACAACUUGGCAUACCUCGAGGGGAUCCACAACUUCGUAGAGGUGCUGAAUGAGUAUUUCCACAACGUGUGUGAAUUGGACCUUGUGUUCAACUUCUAUAAGGUGUACACGGUGGUGGACGAGAUGUUCCUGGCUGGAGAGAUCAGGGAGACCAGUCAGACCAAGGUCCUCAAGCAGCUCCUCAUGCUCCAGUCGCUUGAGUAGAAAACCGACCCCCGCCCUUCGUACCUGCCCAUUAAUCUGCUGCCCUGGUUCCUAACCUCCCCCACUCCUUGCCCCCUCACUCUGGAAAUCGCUUUCCUGCCUCGGCGGAGCAGACUUCCCCCCCCCCCUUUGCAAAACAGGAGGAGGUGAUUCUAGAACUAGAAAUGCAUAACAUUGUGUUCAUAUGGCCUCAUGAUGGGGAGCUUCUAUGGUUUGUCCAGCACCAGUCUAUAUGUUGCAGUAUUCUGCAUUUCUUAUACGUCUAAGUUCUCCCAGUAUUUGAAGGCACUACAUUUCAGAGCGUUAACAUUUCAUCGUGUUGACACUUUAUAUACCACCUAAGUUACAAACAACAUAGUCGGUUUCACCUCUCCAAAGCAGAGGGCUUCAGAAAUGAGGUAUUUCAUACAGUAGCCAAUCAGUCUUUGCAUUUAUCCCUGCGCUGUGUGGAAACAUGGAUGUGUGGGACACUCGCCCUCCCUUUAUUAGCCUGAACUUACAUUUAAUGGCACCAUUGUAACCAACAAGCACCAUGUCUCAAGAGUGACUACCUGCUAAAGCCAUUUUAAUAAACCCAUGUGCAGAAAGUCCUUACCAGUGAUGCUGCGUUUGCGUCUGGAUCACAGUACACAAGUAGAAAGCCCUUUUUUAGAGCAAUUGACCCGUCACGGCGAGUUCAUAAUUGAAUGGAGUGUACUUGGCAUGAGUGCCAUUCUGACGGUGUGUCAUGGGAACCGGUGGUAACAUCCACCCGGCUGACGAUGAUUAACGGUGUAGGUUAUGUAGGCUCAGAAGGCUGCGCUCUCCAUGUUGUAAUUGUUUUCAUUGCGUAUCGAAUGAUCUGUUGAUGAUUUUGUUGCAACACAUUACAUAGAAUGGUGCUUGUUGGUCACAGAACACUCAGAUGGGAAUUAAAACCUGGACGUGGAGAGUAUAUUUUACCCAAAGCAGUACUGUGGAGUUUGCGUCAUAUGGUGUGUACAUACAGUGUAGCUUGUGUAUGUUGAAUAUUGUAAAAGUAAUACAAGCAUUCCAGAAGUUUUUUUUCUCACUGUAUGGUCUGAGCAUUUACGUGUGUAAGAUUCAUGAAAUGAAUUGGCUUUUAAAUUCCUCCUACAAGCCCCAUGAACUUUGACAAAUGAACUUUUAUUCAUUUCCCUUUCCCCGACUUUCAUGUUUAUAAAAUGACAUUCAAAUUUGACCUUAUUCUGUCACAAAGGUGGUUUCAAAUGUUACUGUUGAACUUUUGUAUUUUUUUUUUUUUAAAGAUUAGGCAAUUGUGAAAUAUGUACUGCUUCCCCUUUUGUCCACCUGUGAGUUUGUUGAUGGAAGAUGUGUUUCUUUGUAUUACGGUCUCCAAUUUAAGUACCCACAUCAAUACGUCCCAUUAUAUGUAAAUAAAAAGAUGAAGUGAACAUGAA